AUGGCUACCAACAAUUUUGCAACCAUGUUGCAUAGAAAUACCAAUAAAAUCACUCUGGUUCUUGUCUAUGCGAUCCUUGAAUGGAUUCUGAUCAUCCUCCUCCUCCUAAAUUCCAUCUUUUCUUAUCUGAUCAUGAAGUUUGUGGAUUACUUUGGUCUUGAAAGGCCCUGCAUAUGGUGCACUAGGAUUGAUCACAUCAUAGAGCCUGAAAAUAACAACUGUUCUUGCAGGGAUCUUGUGUGUGAAGCUCACGCUUUUGAGAUUUCCAAACUGGGUUUCUGCUUGAAUCAUCGAAAACUAGCUGAAUCAGAAAGUAUGUGUGAGAAUUGCUCAUCUUCGUGUCACCCAAAUUUUGUGAACUUGUCUCAGAGUUUUGGCAACUUUCCGUGGAUCCAGCUAAAGGGUAUGAUUCAUGAUGCUGAUGAUAACAGCAAGGUACUUGAGGAUGGGAUGCAGCCUUUCAGGUGUUCUUGCUGUAGUGACACUUUAGUUAGCAAGUUCUACCUGAUAAGAGAUAAGUCUUCUUCGAGGGUUUUGGAUUGUACCCAGAAAAAGAAUUUGAUCACUGAAAGUGAGGUUGAGGCAGAGGUUGAUGGAGGCCAUCAUCACUCAGAUCAUGGCAGAGAUGAUUUUGUGGUGUUUGAUCCUCUUGAAGAAGAACAGAACACUGUAGAGAAAAGAGGAAGCGACACUGUUUAUUAUGUUGAUGAGGGUUCAGGUAGACGAGGAAAGGAGGAAGAUGAUAUAAGUGUUUGUUUUGGGCGGGAUGGUAGCAAAGAAACUUUGUUUGGUGAAAACGACAAGGUGGAUUUGGGCAUAGGGAAAGGGCAAGAAGAACCAAAUAUAGAGGAAACUUUAAAUGUCCCAGAGGAUGAUCAACCUUGUGAGGAGACCACCCAUCAAAUUUCUUGCUCUAAUGAGAAUACGGAACCGAUUCCACCCGAACAUUUGGAAUUUGUCAUUCAUGGUAAUGAUUGCCUUUUGAUUCCUGUUGAAUUUGGUGACUGCUUUGCCACGGAAAUCCAAAAUCAACUUAGGUAUAAGGUGGAGGAUGACGAGCUUAUUGGCGAUGAAGAUGCCAAUGGAGUUGAGUCAAUUCCAUUGAGGAUUAGAGGGAAAAGACUAGAAUCAAUAGUAGAAGAAGAAAAUUUGGAGCAAAACUGUCUAGAGGUGAAAUUAGCUCGGACAACUGAAGACUCAAGUAUCAGUGGUAAUGUCGAUGCAAACACGAAAAGAAGAUAUGGGGAGUUAUGUUCAGUUGUACCUCAAGUGUUUGAAGAUUCAACACAAAUGCGCGAUGAUGAAUUAGGAGAAGAAGUCUCAACUGAAAAUCAAGAUUUUCUUGUGGAUUCAAAUCAAGAAGUACAAGAAAUCCCACCUUGUAGCACUACUACUACUUUUACUGUCCAAGAAGAUAUUGAUGAAGAGGAAACUGUUACUGAUACACCCACUUCUGCAGAGAAUCAACAUCAGUCAGACAAGAAGCUACUACUUCUUGGAAGAAAAGAAUCAGAAACAGAAGAAUCAUUGGAAGAAGGAACCAUAUGUGAUAUAGAAUGUGGUGAGUUGACAAUUGAGAAGUUGAAAUCAGCACUGAAAGCUGAAAGGAAGGCUUUAAAUAGUCUAUAUGAUGAACUUGAAGAAGAGAGGAGUGCAUCUGCGAUUGCGGCAAAUCAAACAAUGGCAAUGAUAAAUAGGCUUCAGGAAGAGAAAGCGGCAAUGCGGAUGGAAGCUUUGCAGUAUGAGAGGAUGAUGGAAGAACAAUCUGAGUAUGACCAAGAAGCUUUGCAACUUUUGAACGAACUCAUGAUAAAGAGGGAGAAAGAGAAUCAUGAGCUAGAAAAGGAGCUUGAAAUAUAUCAAAAAAAGGUUCAUGAAUAUGAGGUUAGGGAAAAGAUGAUGAUGUCAAGAAGAGAAACUAAUAUAAGAAGCAGAAUUUCUCCUCCCUCUUGUAGCAAUGCUAGAGAUAGUGAUGAACUACCUAUUGAUUUGAGUCGACACACAAGCGAAGAAAAUGGUAUUUAUGGCCGUCAAGAAUUCAGAACCCAGAACACUUCCGAAGAUGUUAUAUAUUUGGAGGACUCAGUGGCAAAUUUGGACGAAGAGAGGUUAUUCAUUCUAGAACAAGUGAAGAUGCUGGAAGAAAAGCUUGUUAUAUUGAAUUAUGAAGAAGAGUAUUUUGAUGGAAUUAAAUCAGCAGCACAUCUUUGUGAAGAGAAUGGAAAUAGAUACCAAGACAGUAUUGAUUGCAUAGGUCAUGUAAAUGGAUUAGCAAAUGGUAAGCAUCAUGAUGGAACGGAAACAAUGUGUACAAUAGCCAAGAGGGUUCUCCCACUCUUUGAUGAAACUGGCACAGAAGCAGAAAACGGGGUCAUGAGUAAUGGUUUAGAUUUUACUUCCUUGCAAAAUAGUUCAGAUGAAAAGCUCCAAUUAGAGAAGAAAAAGCUUGAUGUAGAAGUAAAGGUGGAUCAUGUUUAUGAGAGACUCCAAGCUCUAGAGGCAGAUAAAGAAUUUUUAAAGCACUGUAUCAUCUCCUUAGGGAAAGGGGACGAGGGGUUAGAUAUUAUCCAAGAAAUUUUGCAGCAACUUCGUGAUCUUAGGAAUGUGGAACUCAGAAUCAUGAACAUGGGAGAUUUUGCUGUGCAACAACUCUACUCAGUUAUUUCAAAAAGAUAA